AUGGGUUUAACAGAUGUGCCCUCCCGCCCGCAGGAAGUCCAGGAGGCCUUGGGAAAGGGAGACCACCAGUGCGACCGAGGGUUUGGGUGGGGAGACGGGAAGCACUCGAGGGAGGAAGAGGCUGGCAGCGUGACGGCCCGAGGGUGCCGGUCCUGGUUCCCCUCCCGGUCCGCCGGGGCAGCCCCUCCCCGCCCGGGCCCCUCCGGCGCUGCCCGAGCCGGCGGCGCUAGGACCCGGCGGAGCCCCACGGGCCGGCGCGGGGAGGGGCGGGGCCACCCGCCGCGGGCCAAUGAGCGCGGGGCCGCGGCCGGUUUCAUUUGCAUUCGGGCGCGACGCAGCCAAUGGGCGCGCGGGCCGCCGGCCGCGCUGCGCUCCUGCCGCCCCGCCCGGGCGGCGCGGCUCAUUCGGAGAAUGGCCGCGGCCACGGCGUGCGGCUCCCCGCCUCCCCGCCCGCCCCGCGAGCAGCCGCCGCCGCGCAAGCGGGGCGACUCCCGGCGGCGCCAGGCCGCCCUCUUCUUCCUCAACAACAUCUCCCUGGACGGGCGGCCGCCCUGCCCGCCCGCCGAGAAGCCGCCGCUGCCCGCCGGCCCGGGCGAGGGGGAGGAGGCGGCGGAGCCGGCCGGAGCCCCCCCGCGCCUGCUGCCCCCGCCGCCCGUAUGCCAGCCGCCGCCCGCCCUGCUGCUGCCCGGCGUGCCCGCGCUGGCCGCCGCCGGAGCCAAGGGGGAUGCGGACACCGCCCGCGGGGGCAUCUUCCUGCCGCAGCUGCUGCUGGGCGGCCCGCUGUGCCCGCCGCCCCCGGCGCCGCCCGCCCUGCCGGGGAUGCUGGCGGCCGCCAAGCCGGGCGCCCCGGGGCUGCUGAGCCCCUCGCAGAGCGCGGCGGGCGGCGGCUUCGCGCUGGAGGCGCAGCGGCAGAGAAGGCGUUUUAUCUCCCAGCGCUGCUCUCUAGACUUUUUAGAAGACAUAGUGGAAUAUGCCAGUGUACGAAGAACCAAGCAUAUAUCUGGAUCUCCAAGACACAAAAGUUUGAAGAAGAUGCACUUCAUCAAGAACAUGAGGCAGUAUGACACCAAAAACAGCAGGAUAGUGUUAAUCUGUGCGAAACGAACACUGUGCGUGGCUUUUUCUAUCCUACCUUACGGGGAGGGUUUACGGAUCAGUGAUCUGAAAAUGGAAGGACAGAAGCAGCGACAUCCUUCUGGGGGAGUUUCAGUCUCCACUGAGAUGGUGCUUGGACUGGAAGGAGUAGAGCUGGGUGCUGAUGGCAAGGUUGUGUCCUAUGCAAAAUUCUUGUACCCCACCAAUGCUCUGGUUGUUCGCAAAGCCGACGGCUACGGUGCUGUUCCCUCGAGUCGAGCCAGUGCUCCACGGAGUCUUCCUGGAUCAAGAUACAAACCUGUGACAGCAAAAACAAUACCAGCAGGGACAGACAUUGGAAGUGAAGCUGGGGAAGCUGCAGAGUAUGAUCCAAAUCUUCUGGAUGAUCCUCAGUGGCCCUGUGGAAAACAUAAACGUGUUCUCAUCUUUGCCUCUUACAUGACUACAGUCAUAGAAUAUGUGAAACCAUCAGACCUUAAAAAGGAUAUGAAUGAAACCUUUAGAGAGAAGUUUCCUCAUAUUAAGUUGACACUGAGCAAAAUCAGGAGUUUGAAGAGAGAGAUGAGAAACCUGAGUGAAGAGUGCAAUCUGGAGCCUGUUACUGUCUCCAUGGCUUAUGUUUACUUUGAGAAGCUCGUCCUCCAAGGCAAACUCAACAAACAGAACCGCAAACUGUGUGCUGGUGCUUGCGUCCUGCUCGCAGCCAAGAUCAGCAGCGACCUCAGGAAACACGAAGUUAAACACCUUAUAGAUAAACUAGAAGAGAGAUUCAGAUUCAACAGAAGGGAUCUCAUCGGUUUCGAAUUCACCGUCCUUGUAGCUUUGGAACUGGCUCUUUAUCUUCCUGAAAACCAAGUUUUACCUCAUUACAGACGGCUCACGCAACAGUCUUAACCAAAGCUCCGUCCCAGCCGGCAGCCGGCGGUGCCAGGGAUCGCAUCCCUGGAUGCUGCUGGUGGAGGUGCCACUGGCCUCGCCGUGUGCGUCCCGCCGCGGCUCCAGCUCGUUUGGAAGGCUGCAGGGUGUUGUCAAACUGUCGAGUUGUGUGUUGUGGACACGGAUGCCAAGCCUGGGGGAUGGUACGAGAAGAGUUAAUGAACUUUUGUUUUCUUUUGGACGUUUAAAGCACAAAUAUUCACCAGUCAGCUGUCGCGGCUGCUUAUUACUCCUUAUUUAUCUUUUUGGUUUUACUAAAACUGCUCUUCCCUAUGAAGAAUACUAUGGUAUUGGUUCUUUUUUUCUUUUUUUUUUUUUUAGCACUUAUUCUAUUCCUUGAAACUAAGGGAAGCAUCACUUCCAUUCCAGUGCACCAUAAAGUUCAGAUAUUUCUAAGAAUCUUCUCGCAUUUUUACAUUAAUGAAAUGCAUACUUUAUUUUUUUAAAGAUGUGCCUAAAACUGGCUGGUCUGGUACCAGUGCUUUUUAAGUUAGUUCUGUUAUUUAGUGGGAAAUCCUGAAUUUGUAUAGCCAUUUAUUCUUUACCUGCAUUGGCCUUGCAUACAAGGAACACAAUUCCAGUAUAUCUGCACUGAGGAUACACAGGGCAUCUGUUCUAUGAUUCUGUAGAUCCAUAAGUAGCGAGAUUGAAAUUACUCCGUUCCAAUUUAUUUACUGUUAGUACCUUAAAAAUACACAUUUCACUUAAAAAAGGAAAGAUGGUUUGAAAAUCUGUCAUGAAGUACCACAUGUUGAACAAGGUAGCUGGGAAGUGAUUGCCGUCCUAAUUCACUCUUCAGUGGAAGAUGAGCGCUCGACUAAGAGCGAUUUGCUGUCAAAUGUAUCAUUUAGGAUUUUUAUUUGUUUCACUGUUCCAUAGCCUGAAAUAAGCACCUUUUUAAUAUGACUGUAUUAUAUAUGGUCUUAUGUGCUCUGAGCAAGUAUGAAGUCAGUAGAGUUACUGCUGCCAAACGAAGCCAAUGAAACAAAGCAUGCUCGGUAUUUAAAAUGCUACUUUUUUUACUCGGUUCUUCCAAGCGUUGCAUCACUGUGAUGGUCCUCAUAAAACUGGCAUUUCUUGCACAUCUGAGCAGCCACCGACUGGUGCCCAGCAGCGCUCUAGAGCGUACGCACAGGUUAAAUAACUUCUCUGAACAUUGGCUAUUCCUUCGUUUGUUUUUUAAAUAUCCAGGUUGGGAAUGAAUUCUUGAUUGUACUUGGAACCUUCUGUGGUAUUGGCUCUUGGGUUUAUUUUCUGAAGCAAUAUUAUAAGUAACUGUGUCCGUUUGCAAGGAACAAAACUGAUACUUGGCUAUUUGAGAAAUUUGUAAUUUAAGUUUGACUCCUAAAUGAAACACCAGACCUUGUGCUGAGGUCAGGGGCUUGCUAUCUAACAUGUAAAGUAAUGUAAAUUCCUGUUCCUUGUAUUAAAUGUUGGUUGUAGCCAAAACCAAGGCUGAAUCUUUGCUCUUCAGCCUUGUUUUGUCUGAAGCUAAUUUGGCUUCAUUAGAAUUGCAGCAAACUUUACUGGAGCCCCUUCCUCUUUGAGUAGGGUUCAAAGUGUAUUUUUCAUAUAUAAUAGUUACAGUGACUAUCAAAUCUUUUGUAACUGUGUUCAGCUGUACGUAGCUUCAAACUAUUUGUGUAAAAUUUAAUAUGCUUGUGAUUUCUCUAACACAGAAGGAUUUUCCAGUCUCCAUAAGGUAGCUAAUAGCUUAGACAAUAAGCUUGCCAGUUAUCUUCUAAAAGGUUUAAAAAAUUGCCUACUAGUUAAACUUUCUACUGAAUAUAACUGUGCUUGCAUGCAGAAAUAGUGAUGUACUUAACAUCUAGUGUGUAAUGAGCCUCCAAAUUAGCAAACAGUGGUGGAGACAGCUGAGGUGGUCCAACAUUUCCUCAAGGCAUUGUGGAGGGGACAGAAGUACAACUGAGCAAAGAAAUUUCUCAUAGGGUGUCUCCAGAAAAGCUUGGUUAGUAUGAAUGAAAUGAGAAAAUAUCUUUUCUCUAAGAACUUCUUUGUUUAGUGUAUAAAGAGUUUUACGUAACAAAAUUAACUUUCCUUUCUCACCAUCAAAGGGGAAAAAACUGCUCUUUGGUUUGCAACACUUUGCAGUCUCUAUUCAGUGGAAGUUUGUCUAGUUGAAGUGGCCAUCUGGGCUGUAAUUACACUCCCAGAAUCACGUCACAAACCGGCAAGCUUUUGUUUUCUUCCAGGAGAACAAAUUAGGAUAAGGAGCAUUAAAUUACAGAAUGCUGAAUGUUGUCUUAAUAGUUAUUCUAAAACUUGGCUUGGGCACACACUUGAGUUCAAAAGCUGUUGGGAGCACAGGCCAAAGAUGACGCAGGGCAGCGAGUGCUGUGCCAGUCUCUGGCAGAGCCUGGGGUUGGGGUGAUGCUGCCCAGAGCCGUAGCCUGGGGCUUGUACAUCAGGCACCUUGUGUGUCUGUGCAGAAACAGCCCUUCUGCAGAGAUACACCAGCUCUGUGUGUUUGUGUGUUGGUUUUUCCCAUUUCUAGAGUGCAGCUCGCAGUCCUGUGUGGGGAAUCUCUCUUUUCACCUAAAAGCUGCCACCAUGUGGCAAAGGACUAUUAGUACGUUUUUUGUUCGUAAACUCAACGUGGGACCCAAAAUAAAACCCAGAUCUGCCGGUUUACGUUUUCACAGCCAAACUCCUCUUGCUCUGAAGAGAAACAGGUUUACGCUCGGGGGGGUCUUUUGCUGUGUGAAGGUGCUGCUGGGGUGGCUCAGCAUGGAGAACUCUCUUGAUAAGAGGCUGUACAUUUUCCUGUAAACAAUACUGCUCUGGUUUUGUCAUGCUCCAUUAUUUAAAUGUCUGAGUUGUAGCCUAGUUUGUUUUUCUGGUUUUUUGGGUUCUUUUUGUUCUUUCUGUGAAAUUAAGAUGCUGUGAAAUAAAACCUGUUUU